CGGUGCUUAUGUCUGCUGUGUCUGUGCAUUUUGACAUUUGCAAGCUUCAUACCGACGCGUCACCGUCGGAUUUUAUUUAAUUUUAUAAUUAUAAAGCGACAAAGAAAAUUGUGAUAAGUGUGAUUUUUAUAUAGAUCUUCGUGAUAAUAAUAGUUAUAAGAUUGUUAUGUUAUUGUUGCACAGUGGAAACUAAACGAGCUUACCCUGCCUGCAGUGCGUGCCACGAGCCCCAGAGUCCCAGCCAUUAGAUUGAGUGGAGUGUCCCCUGUGUCCAACCACACGUAGCCCCGUACGCAGCCAAAAUUCCGCGAGACACAACGGACACCUCCUCCAGCAUGGAUCUGGAGAAAACCCCCAACCUCCACGAGGAAGACUCCAAAGUUACCCUCACUAUCAGACUGAUUAUGCAGGGGAAGGAAGUUGGCAGUAUUAUUGGAAAAAAAGGAGAGAUUGUUAAAAGAUUUAGAGAAGAGUCAGGAGCCAAAAUCAACAUAUCCGAUGGAUCAUGUCCAGAACGCAUUGUUACUGUCACAGGCAAUACAAGUGCUAUAUUCAAGGCAUUUACACUCAUAUGUAAAAAAUUUGAAGAGUGGUGCUCUCAAUUCAAUGAAGGCGGCGGUGGCGGGUCUCGCGCCCCCAUCACACUGCGACUCAUCGUUCCAGCCUCGCAGUGUGGCUCGCUCAUCGGCAAAGGUGGCUCCAAAAUCAAAGAAAUACGAGACGUCACUGGAGCUAAUAUACAAGUUGCAAGUGAAAUGCUUCCAAACUCAACUGAAAGAGCUGUGACAAUAAGCGGGACUUGCGACGCGAUCACGCAGUGCAUUUAUCACAUUUGCUGUGUCAUGCUAGAGAGCCCACCAAAAGGAGCUACUAUUCCAUACAGACCGAAACCAAAUGUUGCUGGUCCUGUUAUCUUAGCUGGUGGACAAGCUUACACUAUUCAAGGAAAUUACGCAGUACCUGCUCAGGAUGCGGUGUGCGCGCCCGUAUUCCCCCUGCUGGAGGUGAAGCCGCCCCUGGUGGGCGCACUGCCGCCGCACCAUUUGCUGCCGCCGCCGCUGCACGAACACCACCUUAUGGGAGGACUAGCAAAAUCCCCAUUGGCUGGCUUAGCGGCAUUAGGACUCGGUGGACUGGGGCCAGCUAAUACUGGCGGACUCAAUCCUGCAGCAGCCCUGGCUGCGCUGGCAGGCUCGCAGCUUCGCAGCUCCAAUCAGGCGCGCAACCAACCUGCCUCCAACCAACAGUCUCACGAGAUGACCGUGCCGAACGAACUCAUCGGUUGCAUCAUCGGCAAGGGAGGCACAAAAAUUGCUGAGAUCCGUCAGAUCUCUGGCGCCAUGAUCCGGAUAUCUAACUGCGAGGAGAGGGAAGGCGGAAGCACCGACCGAACUAUCACAAUCUCUGGCAACCCCGACUCUGUUGCUCUCGCUCAAUAUCUUAUCAAUAUGAGGAUCACUAUGGAGACGGCCGGACUCCAGCUGCCGGGCUAUCACUACAUCGCUCCGAACCACAUCGUGAAGGCACCGAUCCAUUGAAUGGGGCUCCGCGGCCAGAACUCCAGUGUUGCGUACAAAAUGUAUAACACUGAUCGCGCCUUCUUCAUGCAGCCGCAAUACGGGACUCUGGCUCCGAUAUAUUUCUUCAAGUGAAUAUCGAGACCAAAACAAUCUCAACGAGAUGGGAAGCAAUUGGCAAAUCAUUAGAUAUCGUGCUGAACGUAUGUUUACAUUUGUUACGAGUUUAUAAGUAUUUUAGAUAUUCUUAUAUUUAUCCUCCACUGUAUUUAAUUGAUUGGUAUAGGAUGUAUCGGCGGUGUAAUAGUUUAAUCGAGAGAAUAUGACGGAUAUUAAAUGAAGUAUCGCGGAUAUUGUAAUGAUGGAAAUUCAAAAUGACUGACAUUUUAAAAUAGUCUCUCAAUCGGUGAGCGGUGAACGGCCGCCGAUUACACAAAACGUUUAUUUUAAAUAGCGAUCGAUCAAAUAUUUAUAUUUUGUCUUCGUUCACCGUUCACGGGUUAUAAAUGUAACUUAUAACAGGAACAGGAGUUAGCUAAGCUGAUCGAAUUUACUAUGGAUUUAAGCGGUCGAGUUAUUCAAUUUAAUCUAUUGGACUUAUUUUCCGUUAUGAUCAGUACUGACCACAAAUAAAUAAAAUGUUCAAAAUAUGUUUAAUCGAGAGUCGGCGUACAGUAGAUUUUAGACGCGUUACAAUCGACCUCGGACCCGCUGACGUAGCGUAGUGUUAGAUUAGAGAACAGAGUGAGAGGGUUAAAGACAAUAUUUGUAAAUAAAAUAAUCGUAAUAACCUGGAAAAAUAGGUGUUACAGUAAUAGUUGCAUCGCUAUGACGCGGCGCGGCGAUACGAAACCGAUGGGAUCAAAUCCUUUAAGAAUCUUACAUUAAAAGAGGAGACAGAGGCGAGAUGACAUUUCAUUUAAAUCGUCUAUAAUCACAAAAAAAAGACGUUAGAUGUAUAAAAAAAUAGUGUUGCUAAAUGUGAUAGUCUUCUAAUUUAUUUUACAUGGAACUAUUAAGAUCUCUAACAUAUACACAGUGUGUACAUCGGCUACUGGAAAUUUUAUGUCGAAUAAUUAAUAUUGGUCUAGGGAUCAAAGCCAAAGAUUGUUGAAGUUUGUUUAACAUUAAUAAUGUUGUGGAUUUAUGCUAAAUUAUUCUGAGAUGUAGUUAAUGUUUAGUGAUAUAAAGUAGAACAGGUUAAUUUAAAUUAAUUUAUCACCCUCUCCGGACUGCUCAUUAUACUUAGUCUUAGAACAAAAAUAUAGAUAGUCCUGUGGUAAUCGACAUAUUUCCAAAAAACUUAAAAAAAAUCUAGGUUAAAGUAGAAUAAGAUAACUAUAGGACCACUGUAUUAAAUGCUUUCCAUUUCACGUAAUUUGCAUGAAACAACUAGGUGCCACGACACGAACAAAAUCACAGUGCCAAAGUAACUUUCGUUAUAUGAAGCAUAAUAUUUUAUGCAGUGUAAAAUUAAAAACAAAUAUUCUUGAUUAAUAAUAAUGUGUCAAGUUAAUAGCAAAUACAGAACAUAAUAUCUUUAAUCCACUGAUUGAUGGUUAAUUUGCACCCUAGGUAUAAGACUCACAAUUAGAAAUAUAAUGACAAAAUAGUCUCUAAACAUAUCCUUUUACAUAUUUUCCCCAAGUCUUCCCCUUCAGUAUUUCAAUAAAUUUAAAAAUAAUUAAUGAAUGAUUGUGCCAAAGUUGUGUCUAAAUUUAUGCAUGAAUUUGUGCGAGGCAGCAUGAAAACGUUUAUGGUUAUAAUAUGUUGUCGACAUUGUUGACGUAUGCUAGUCAAAUUGUUCUGAAAAUAAAGACAAAAUAAUUAAAUUUUAUAUAAUUAUAUGCUAGUCAAAAUUUUAAUUUCAAUCGGUAUUUUUAUGUUUGUACAAAAAUGACAAAGAUUAUUUAUUUUCGUUUGUAUGUGUAAAAGUUUUAAAUAUUUUUGUGUGGUCUCGCUUAAAGUAAAUUAGCAAUAAAAUUUUGAUAAAAUCAAUUAUUUAUAGUCUAAUAAAUUGCAAUUAAGACAAUGUAUAGAGCUUUGUAAAUUAAGUACCACACAGGUAUAAAUAAAAUUAGUCUCUACAAAUAUCUAUAAAGAGAUAAAUUUGAAAAUGUAGAAGUUAACUAAAGAGAAGAGAUUUCAUAGCUGUGAUUAAAGUUGGAGGAGCACUUUUGUGCGAACUGCUACGUCAGGUAGAUGCUAUAAAUUGAUUACGGCGUAGAUACGCAGGUAGUGGUUAUAGUGCACGCUUGUUAGAUAAUUAUGAGCCAAAAGCGGGGAAGUGCGCGCUAUAAGUACGAGUAGCGAGUGAAAGAACAAAGUUAUAUUUUGUAUUGCGUGCGGCGAAGGCAAUUGUAACGCAAGUACUUUAUCUGAGAAGUAUUAGUUCAUUGGUGUUGUCAUUACAUUAUAUAUUUAGUACAAUGCAAUUUUAUAUACUAUAGUAAAUAUAUAUACAUAUUAAUUUCAUGUGUAGGUAUUAUGUUCAAUUAUAAUAAUCACAGCAAUCAUUAACAUAAUCUUUAUUAUACUUAGAAUAGAAUUAUAUUGUGGUUCAUUAUUGUUACUGUUAUUUUGAUUUGCUCAAUUUUCUCAAUGUUUACAUAAGCUAGGCUUCGAAAUAUUAUUUACUUUGUUUUGUUGGUCUGUAUAAGUCUUAUUAAAUCUUAGAAUGUAUUAGUGACUGUCUUCAUAUUUUUCUUGUAUUUUACACUCACGUUCGCAGUCCAAAAAGGUAUUCACAUCUUCAGCAAAAAAAGAAAAAAAAAAACAGACUGUGGUUGCGAUGUGAAAUAUUAAAAAUAUUAAUGUGUGUUUAUAGUGCACAUGAACAUUCACCAAUAUGUAAAAUAUACACAUGUUACUAUAAUAUACUUAUUUAAACUUUAAUCACAGUCUGGGCAGCAAAAUCGACACAUGUAUGUUAGCAGUGGAUCACUCAAAUUACGAGUGCUAUAAAUAACUUAACACUAAAACGGUUAAUAAAAAGAAAAGUUCUCGAGUAUUAUAUAUUGCAAACUUUGUUUAAAGAAACAGUUACGAUCUGUUUAAAAAAAUGCGUCAAAUAAUUAUUAAAGAUAUUUCGUUAUCAAUAAUAAUUUAUAUGAUUUUUUAGCUUGAUUUACACUCAUUCUUAUAUCAAUUAGUAAAACGUCAAACGAUCUGACUGUAACUACUAUUUUAUAACGGCCCCUAACUAGUGAGCCAAUUGAAUCUCACUUUAAUCUUUGAAUUAUCACUGAACUUCUAUAUUUAUACAUAAUUUAAGACGAUUUUUAAAUACCUUUGCUUACUAAAAAAAUAUAUUUAUUAAAUUCGUACCUACAAAUACGUAUUAAUUGAUCAGAAAAUAAAUAUCCUUGUCUAGUGGAUAUGUUUGAAAUAUAUCCCAUAAUUAAUUAAAACAAAGCAGAUACUGCUUAAAAAUUGUAGUUAACAAUUUGUUUUUAAUGACCAAAACCUGGUACUUAUUCUGGUCGCAAGUGAUAUUUUCAACAGACCAGAAUUAAAAAAAAAUCUAUAUUUUAAUUUAAUAAAAUUAUUAUGUAAUUAGUUAUUUAUCUCAAGUGACAAACUGUUAUUAAAUUCAUAAAAUUACAGUGUUACUCUUUGAAAUAACAAAUGACGCUAUCAGUUUUAUUUCUCAUUGUUAUUUAAUAUUUUUCGCAUUAAAAUAUAUGUUUACCGGUAUAUAUGUACCUACUAACUGUAGAGUAUUUUGACACAAGUAAAAGGUGCCUUUUGUUCUCACGUUACUCUUGAUUUGAUUAUAACAGAGGAGUAAUGAUUUUUAGUGACGCGUUAUGAAUUUAUAUUAGCCUUUAUUGACAGGGUCAGACUGCGUUGUAUAAUAGUGUAAUUAAAUUCAAUUUUAGCAAAUAUGAAUAAAUGUAAUAGUGAAUUUUUUUUAGAAUUUUUCGUGUUAGCACCUGAAUUUGAGAUAGAUACUUAGUGCACCAUUUUCGAAAAUCCCUAAUGUUGAAUUGUGUGGCUAAUAAGAUAUGUUCAAAUUAACAUCGUGUAAAGGUACCUACUUACUCGUAUUUCGAAAGAUGUUUUAUAAAAUAUGUGGCCCCAUUUCUAGUGGGUUUUACUCAUGAAAAUAUAAGUAUGUCAUAUAUUAUGCAAAUAUUUUGCUAUCCACGUAAUUAAAAAUGUAUAUAUCCACAUACAGGUUUGAGACGAUUGGGUAAAAAGGGUUGUGUAAUUUGUUAUGCAUAUACAAUAUUCAUUAUAUUCUUCGCUUCGAUCCUAAUAACUACACAAAGUAAUUAUAUCUACAAGAUGAACGUCUUAUUAAACUGUAGUAAUACCAGGGUAAAUAUGUAACUCAUAAUUAUGUUCACUUUACACGAUUCGUACCUAUGUAUAGUUCAAAACAGUGUAUUUCAAAUGCUUAAAGUUCAGUAACAGUACAAUAAAAUGCAUGUGUUAUAAUAUAUAAUAUAAAUAUAAUUAUUAUUCUAUUUAUGUUCGAAUAUGAACAUCAUAUCACGUUAAGGCAUAGUCUACUCUACAGUGUAAACGAGGGUGCCGGUUACUUUAUAAUUUUUAAUACAUUGGCUAAUAUUUGUCUUCUAUUUUCCGUCGCAUAUAUUUAAUGUAGGCUAUGCCAUCUUACUCUGUUUUCAGUAAUCAUCUAGUGUUAAUAUUAAUAGUAAUUAUUGACUGAGUAUAGAUAAGAAUUUAAAUAUCAAAAAGGCAAAAUCUUAUUUCACUGCUGCAAUUUCAAUGAGCAUUUAAUUUUUUAUUCAAUUUUAUGAAUAUACUCAUGCUAAAAAGUCAACAACAUUGUUAGUUUUCAUUUAUUGUUGCCAUAUUUGAAAAUGCUCAAAUUAUUUGAACCGCCCCGCAAAGGCAAUUGAGCAUUUUUAAUUAAGUUUUUUUAAUACAUAAUUUGUAUGUUAUAUCAUCAGAAUAGUUUAAUCGUGAAAAAAAUGCUUCAUGAAUAGUUUAAUUCAAUUUCAUAAAAACUAUAUGUUUUUGAACGCGAUUAAUAUAAGCAUGUGCGCUUGAAUUAUCCUCAGAUAGCACAGAUUUAAUUUAACGGUCAAUGCAAACUGAUGGUGUAGUGAACAACAUGAUUCAUUGUCACUAAAGUUGACUUUAGGCUAUACAACCGAUGAAAGUUACAUAAACAAUACUUGGAAUUACGUAACGACGUGGCGGCAAAAGACAAGGCGUCACUUUCGCCGCCACGUCGGCGGCUCUUUGUUUCUCUAGUUUGUCAGUUUACAUUGACCCUAAUAAAGCUAUACUUACAUAUAGAAUAUCGUUUUUAAGUACUUAAUUUAUCGUCUAUAUAGGCAAAGUAAUUUGGAUCAUCCAUGAAAUGUGACACAUGCUUGUAUAAACCAAAAACAAAAGGAAUAUCUUACGUUUCCGAUUAUGAUAAAUACAUGUUUCACUGUUCAUAUCUUUCAAAAUAUCACUGUAAUUGUCAACAUAUCUAAUUUUGUGAAUUGAAUUGAUUAAUGUUAAUGAAUUAUAAAUGUUGUAUUUACGGUUACAGUAUACUGUCAUUGAAGUUCAUUUCUAUAUAAUUAAUGUUUGUUUUCAUUAUGUUACUUCAAUAAAGUGUGUAAAUAAAA